GCGAGCCCCGGCGGUGGAGCGGCCCCUCCAUGGACUUGCGAUGGCCUCGGAGCUGGCCAUGAGCGCCGAGCUGCCCAGCAGCCCGCUCGCCAUCGAGUACGUCAACGACUUCGACCUCAUGAAGUUCGAGGUGAAGAAGGAGCCGGCCGAGGCGGAGCGGCUCUGCCACCGCCUGCCCGCCGGCUCGCUCUCCUCCACGCCGCUCAGCACCCCGUGCUCCUCGGUGCCUUCGUCGCCCAGUUUCUGCGCCGCCAGCCCCGGCGCGCAGCCCGCGGGCGGCCCCGGCGCGGCGCCGCUGCCCUCCAAGCCGCAGCUCGACGAGCUCUACUGGAUGUCGGGCUACCAGCACCACCUGAACCCCGAGGCGCUCAACCUGACGCCCGAGGACGCCGUGGAGGCGCUCAUCGGCGCCCCGCACCACCACCACCAUCACCACCACCAGGGCUACGAGUCGUUCCGGCCUCAGCCGUUCGGCGGCGACGAGCUGCCCGCCGCCGCCCACCACCACCACCAUCACCACCACCACCACGUGCGCCUCGAGGAGCGCUUCUCCGACGACCAGCUCGUGAGCAUGUCCGUGCGGGAGCUCAACCGGCAGCUGCGCGGCUUCAGCAAGGAGGAGGUGAUCCGCCUCAAGCAGAAGAGGAGGACCUUGAAGAACCGCGGCUACGCGCAGUCCUGCCGCUACAAGCGCGUCCAGCAGCGGCACAUCCUGGAGAACGAGAAGUGCCAGCUCCAGGGCCAGGUGGAGCAGCUCAAGCAGGAGGUGGCCCGCCUGGCCAAGGAGCGGGAUGUGUACAAGGAGAAGUACGAGAAGCUGGCGGCGGCCCGCGCCUUCCCGCGGCCGCCCUCGCCGCCCGCCGCCCCCAAGGCGCCCGCCGACUUCUUCCUCUGAGCCCGCCCCGCCGCAGCGGGACGAGCACCCACCCGCCAGCGAGUGCCGAGAAAAAUCAACUUCGUCCGCAACCCCGCUGGACCCGGGACCCACUUUGAUCCCAUCCUGCUGCGGCCCCGGUUUUUGCACAGGGCUUGGUGCUAGUCUCCCAGAGGAUCUCCCCAUGUCCAGGCAGUUGUCCUGGCCGUUCAGUGCAUCGGGACUGGAAGGCUGUGGUGCAUCUGAAUCCCAGUUUGGCCCUUCCAAAUUGCCAGUGCAUCGUUCUGAUUUCUUUUUGGAUGGGCGCAGCAGGACCUUUGUGCUCAGUGGGUCCCUUGUUGCGGCCAUGCAGGAGACCUUGGGGACUCAGGGCCGUUGUCCCCCAACCCUAUUAAUUCUGUUUUUUUAUCCCCAUUGCUCUUCCUCUGCUGUUUUUUGCCUGCUAUGCUCUCUUGACCAGUUUUUUUUUUU